GAAAAGGAAAAGACCCAAACUUUGAGAAAAACACCUUCAUUCUCUUCUCAUUCUCUCCUUUAAUCCUCAUUUUUCAAUUCGCGUGAAGAGAGAGAGAGAGAGAGAGAGAGAGAGAGACAGAGAGAGAGAGAGAGAGAGAGAGAGAGAGAAAAAAACUUCCUUUUAUCCUCAUUUUGUUUCAAAUCGCGAGGAGGAGUGGGAGGAACGAAGGUGACUAUUGGGGAUUUCUGUUCUUCCCUUUUGCAGCUUUUAAUUUCGCAAAAUUUGGAUCUUUCCUAAUUUCUUUUCGGGUGAUAUAUUCUGGGUUUGCGCUCUUGAUCCGUUGGAUUAAAGGGUUUUCUGAGGGCAUCAUUUUUUUUUUGGGUUCUUUUCUCUUUCUGAAAGAGUACAUUUCCCCUUUUGAGCCGGCGUUGGGGUUGUGAUUGUUGUAGUUAGGGGUUUUGGAAUCUGAAUCGCAGAUUAUCAAUGGAGACUCGUGUCGGAAACAAAUUUCGUAUGGGCCGAAAAAUCGGAAGCGGUUCUUUCGGAGAGAUCUAUCUCGGUACUAAUAUCCAAACGAAUGAAGAAGUCGCAAUCAAGCUUGAAAGUGUGAAGACAAAACAUCCGCAGCUGCUCUAUGAAUCGAAGUUAUACAGAAUUCUACAGGGAGGAACUGGUGUUCCAAAUGUGAAGUGGUUUGGCGUUGAAGGUGACUACAAUGUUCUGGUGAUGGAUUUACUCGGGCCUAGCCUUGAAGACUUGUUCAACUUCUGUAGCAGGAAACUUUCCUUGAAGUCGGUCCUCAUGCUUGCAGAUCAAAUGAUAAACCGUGUUGAGUUUUGCCACUCGAAGUCUUUCCUUCACAGAGAUCUCAAGCCAGACAAUUUCCUCAUGGGGUUAGGAAGACGCGCGAACCAGGUAUACAUCAUCGACUUUGGUCUUGCUAAGAAGUACCGGGAUAACACUACACAUCAGCACAUUCCUUACAGAGAAAACAAGAAUCUCACUGGAACUGCAAGAUAUGCUAGUAUGAACACUCACUUGGGAAUUGAACAAAGCCGACGGGAUGAUCUGGAAUCUCUUGGUUACAUUCUCAUGUAUUUCCUUAAAGGAAGUCUUCCAUGGCAAGGACUUAAAGCUGGAACCAAGAAACAAAAGUAUGAGAGAAUUAGCGAAAAGAAAGUAUCUACAUCAAUUGAGUCCUUAUGCCGUGGUUACCCGUCCGAAUUCGCAUCUUAUUUUCACUACUGCCGGUCGCUUCGGUUUGAUGAUAAACCAGAUUACGGUUAUCUCAAAAGAAUAUAUCGGGAUCUCUUCAUCCGCGAAGGGUUCCAAUUCGAUUACGUCUUUGACUGGACAAUAUUGAAGUAUCAACAGUCUCAGCUAACGGCUCCUCCUUCCCGUGGCCUCGUAACUCCUGCGGCUGGAACCAGCUCCGGUUUGCCUCCAGGAUUGACCAGCAGCGAUAGAUACGCAGGCGAGGAAGACGGAGGGAGACCACCGAUGGAUUCAUCAAGAAGGAGAAGCUCAGGAGCUCUUGAGAACUCUGGGAACAUACCAGCAGCGCCUAUCAAAGCCCCAAUGCCAAGCUCGUCGAUGUUUGCACAAUCGGGAGGAUCAUCAAGGAGAGUACCGUCGUCGGAGGAGCUACAGAGAUGCCGUACCGGCGGCGUAUUAAGAAACUCUCCGGUGGUUUCAACGCCGGAAGGGAAGAGAUCUUCUUCCACCAGAAAACAUUACGAUUCUGCGAUCAAAGGCAUCGAGACUCUCCAAGUCUCCGACGAAAGGUUUCACCAUUGAUCCAUCGGCCAGAUAAACGAUGUCGUAUUCUGUUCAGAGGUUAAUUAAAAGCUUCGACUCUAUUAUAUUGGAGAAACGAGAAAAUUUGCUGAUUUUUUUGUUCAUUUUAAUUUUGCUUUUAAUCUUUUCUAAUUUGUACCGUGUCGGUUUUCGUUUGUUUUUUACUACGAAGAAGAGUUAAAUUCAGUGUCUGGAAUUGGAAUCAUCGUACUGUAUAUUCGUAUAUAAAUAUAUUUUUUUACUCUACGCGUGUUGUACGUUCAAAUAAACCGUAAAAUGAUAAAAUCAUAGUAACCGAUAUGGAUUAUUU